AAAGAAGCACGAGCCACGAGAAGGAUUAAAGGAACUUAAGCGUCCGAAUUUUGUGUGUAAAAAUUUAAAGUGCGACCUAAUUUGGGUGAUCUUUUGGUAUAAAUGCCGGACAUUCGUCAACGGAAGCAACAGCGUAAGACGGAACAUGGCGUUAAACCUAAACAUAAACAUGAAAAGACAAAGACUGUCGAGAGUAAUGGCGUUAACAACGAGGAAGAAAAAUCCAGGAUCUCUUCCGUUAUUUCGCAAUACUUUAAUAUUUUAUUGGGAGUAUCUGCGUCUUUUUAUAUUGGAUAUCGUUAUGCAUUGUACAUGAAAGAGUUGCACGAAAAUGAUAUGUGGUUCUCAAACAUUGGCCAACUUGAACGGGAAAUCUCAUUCAGAACUGAAUCUGGAUUGUAUUUCUCAUAUUACAAGCAGCUAGUCUUGUCACCUACCUUACGACAAGGUGUUCAUGAUCUAAUGGUUGAUAAUAAAACAGAGCAUUUAAGAACAAUCAAUAUCCUGGAGAGAUUCAACAUUUAUCAAGAAGUUAUAUUGGCUAUUAUAUACAGGGUGACAUCAUUAAAGGAAAGAAUAGAGUAUGUGUAUUUCUACAUCAAUACUGUGUUUGGCCUUCAUGGAAUGUAUAUGGUUUCAUUGUUUGCUGCAGCAUGGCUGCUAAGUGGAUCAUGGAUAGCUGGUAUUUUGGCCAAUGUGUUUUUCAUAUUUAACAAAGCUGAUAUGACCAGAUUGUCCUUCACAAUUCCUUUGCGAGAGAGUUUUGGGUUUCCUUUUCUCUAUGUUCAAAUAGCCAUCACAACAGCUUAUUUCAAACAAGACAUAAGUCGUGGAAAGCAGAUUCUCUGUUUGUUGCUGUUGGCUAUUUUUACAUUUCUGUUCACAUUAGUAUGGCAGUUUGCACAGUUCAUUCUUUUGUUGCAAGGCAUGGCUAUUUUUGGUGUAUUUUGUCUUGGUUUUGUACCAUCUCAUAAGAUAAAAAAUAUGUUCUUUAUAAUUAUUGGUUCCUUGUUGUUGGUCUUCGUUCUCCAGUUCAUGAAUGAUAUGAUCAUUAGAUCAUUGGCUUUAAGCUUUUCAUUUUCAUCCUUAUUGGUUAUUUCUAAAGUUAGCAAGAUUGACAAAUGUGAUGGAAUUUUGAAAAAUCUGAUGAAAGUUGUGGCUCGUGUAUUUGGCGUCUUGACGUUGACUGUUGUUUUGAAUAUUUGUGUCAAGUUGUUCGUAAAAGCCAGCUCUGACGAACACAUAUUCAAGUUUUUACGAGCGAAAUUUGGCUUUGAUGAAGCAAGAGAUUUUGAUGCUAUGCUGUACCUAUGUGAGAUGUCAUUUCGUAUGCUACCUGUAGACACAUACUGGCGUUUGACUGAGGGUGUGGUCUUUCCUUGUUAUGUAUUUGCUGUGGUCUUUGGUUUUAUAUUACUGGCUGUUGGUGUUCUUGAAGAAUGGAGUGGUAAUGAUUUUAUUUCAUGGGGGAAAAAUGUUCAUACUUCGUUGAAAAGACGUCCUGAAGUCGUUUAUCAUCUUGUACAAACAUUCUUCUUUACCUUUAUGGCCGUAACUACGUUGAGAUUUAAGUUUUUAUGGAUGCCACAUAUUUGCGUUGUCGCCGCAGGAAUAAUUUGUUCACAGGAUUUGUGGAGCUUUCUUUUGUCGAAAAUUUACCUGACAUGUGCAAAGGCUAAAAUUGGAAGUUCCUUGGUUCCGAUAAUUUUGAUUGUUUUGGUGUUGUAUCAGAGAAUGGAAGGAGCGUUGAACGAAUUAAAAGAUUUGAAAGAGUUUUACGACCCGGACACAGUGGAUUUAAUGAGAUUUAUCAAUGAGAAAACGGGAAAAGGGAGAUCUUUCAGUGGAAGUAUGCAACUUAUGGCUGCAGUAAAAUUGUGUACAGACAGACCAAUAACAAAUCAUCCACAUUAUGAAAAUAAAUUAUUGAGACUACGAACAAAGGAGAUCUAUCAAAUUUAUGCCAAGCGAACGCCGAAAGACGUCUAUCAUUUGCUGCGAAAGCAUGGGACUGACUAUGUGAUCUUAGAAAAUAGUAUUUGUUAUUCUCGACAAAAGUUAGGUUGUAAGAUUAAAGAUAUCUUAGAUUAUAAUAACGGUCAUGUUAUAGAGGGUGGAGUUGCCGACAGGGGUCUGGUACAUAGUGAUGUUUCCCGCUUCUGUCAUGCAAUUAAAUCAGGUGGCGAGGAAUUUAGUUUAUAUUUUAAGAAGGUGUUUGAAAAUAGAACAUUUUAUAUGUAUAAAUUAUUAGGUAGUGGUAGUUAGGGAUAGUGGUGGAUAACGGCUGUACAGGCAUGUACAGUGUGGAAGCCUGCCCAAAUUUUUACUCCUACAAUGCAGAUUUUUUACUUUAGAAAAUUAUUUCUAUUUAUUGUUUUUCCGUGAAUGAACACAAAAAUAUUUGCACUGCAGGAGUACAAAGCGAGCUGACUUCGCUAGUGGAUAUUUACAUUGAUAGUCAAAAACAGGUUUUUAAACUAGAGUUUGUCACUUAGCAGUACUUUAGCCAAUGGAGAAAUUUUGCAAUUUCUUAAUAUCGUUAAUGAAUGACUAAAUUGAUGCCGUUUUUAAUUUAUGAAAAAUGUUCCAAUAUCAAAAUGUGCACUUUUCACCACUAUAUGAUAUAGGAUUGGAAAUUGUUAUUCGUACAUGUGAGCGUUCGUAUGAUAAUCUUAUGUUUUGUGAAAUAUUUGUGUACUGCAAACUGUUUUCAAUGGGGGUAUAUUUUAUCAUGGGUAAAUAAUUUUUAUGUGUACAAAUAAACUCCAGUAAGAGUAGGUUUCAAUUCGUAUUAAUACUGUACAUAUACAGAUGAUCUUUUAUGGCUGUUGAGGAUAAAUUGUUUAUACCUUAUAUAGCUAUCAACUAUAAAGGAAUUGACUUCAUUCUAGCUUUCCUAGCUGGAGUAAUGUACCAUGUCGAUAUAGUCAAUGGGACGUUGGUUUGUUUUUCAAUAGUUCAUCCAUAAGUGCAAAUAAGUUACAACUGAACUGUAUCGAAAUUAUAACUAAAAUAUCCAAUCAAAA